CUUUCUCGACAGGUCAAAGGAUACAGAAACACCAAUUCAAACAAACACAAGGAAUACACCUGCAAUGGCACCAGCCACCAUCACCGUCGUUUACCCACAGGGCGGCAAGUUCGACAUGGACUACUACAAGUCCACGCACAUGCCUUUGGUGCAGAAGAAGUGGUCUUCGCACGGUCUCACGAGCUGGAAGGUCGUCAAACUCAGCGAUGAUGCUCCCUACGCCGUGCUCGCAACCCUCGAGUUCAAGGACACUGCUUCAUGGCAAGCCGCCGCUACCAGUCCCGAGGCCAAGGAGGUUCUGGGCGACGUCCCCAACUUCUCCGACAAGGAGCCUGUGAUUAUGUCUGGGGAGGAGCAGUUCACUAGCUAGAUUGAGUGGCUCUUCAAGUGCUUGUGGAUAGCGAAGGAUGUAGUGUAGCUACGAAACACCACUAUCCUGACA